ACGGUGAGUCUAAUCGGCAGCCAGAUGUAUAUGCCAUGUGUGUGCUGACUUUCGGCGCUUCGUGUUCUCCUUCGCUAGCGAACUACGUAAAAAACCAAAAUGCACAACGUUUUUCCGAAAAUUAUCCCGAAGCUGUACAAGCCAUUAUAAAUAACACUUUCGUCGAUGAUUGGCUUCAGAGUGCAGACAAUGAGGAAGAGUUAUCGCGUUUGGCUACUGUUGUUCGCUGGAUCCAUAACGAAGGAGGUUUCGAGAUGCGAAACUGGGUAUCCAAUUCCAAGAAAACUUUGACUGCACUCUCUGCUAACAGCACGCUGCUAUCCAGAUGUUUUGAGGAGCCUGAAGCUACUAUCGAAAAGGUGCUUGGAAUGUGGUGGUUACCAGCGUCGGAUGAGCUUACCUUUGUGGAAAAGUUUCCUAAAGAAGUUUUUGAUGAGCACACAUUUCCAUCGAAGCGACAAGUUUUGCGUACAAUCAUGAAAAUAUUCGAUCCCCUUGGACUGCUCGGGUAUGUCAUCAUACAAGCAAAAAUCAUCCUACAGGACAUUUGGCGUUCAGGCGUUAAUUGGGACGAGCCUAUCAGAGAGGAUGAUCGCAGUAACUGGUGGAACUGGUUGAAAAGAAUUUCUUCGAUAAACAACGUCAAAAUUCCUCGGUGCUACUUACUUUCCAGCUGUAGCCAGAGUAACCAGUUGCACAUUUUCGUGGAUGCAAGUAUCAACGCUUAUGCUGCUGUGGCGUAUUUGCGUGCUGAAGUUGGUAACGCGGUGAACUGUUCAUUGCUGGCUUCGAAGACAAGGGUCACACCAUUGAAGCCCAUUUCAAUACCGAGGUUGGAGUUAAUGGCAGCAGUUCUGGGUCUGCGGUUGGCAAUUUUUAUAGGCAAGCAACUUUCUGUUCAGGUAAGCCGUAGAAUUUUUUGGACAGAUUCGAAAAACGUGAUAUGCUGGGUGCGUUCAGAUGCAAGAAAGUUCCAUCAAUUUGUUGCGUUACGUGUCGGCGAAAUUCUUGAGGGUUCCAGCGCUAAAGAGUGGAGGUGGUUGCCAUCUUCUGAAAACAUCGCUGAUGAGGGCACAAAAUGGUCCGACGUUCGCAAUUUUGACGACAAUGCACGCUGGUUUCGAGGGCCAAAGUUCUUGGCCCAGCCCGAAUCUAGUUGGCCUGUAGGGGAGCUAGUAGGCACUACAGCAGAGCUGCAUCACAUAAGUACAAGUACACCAUUGUCCCCUACCCUGUCAGUAAUUUCUCCAGACGUACGAAGGUUUAGCACAUGGGAGAGACUGCUUUCCACACAACAAAUUGUUCUGCGUUUCCUGCGCCGGAUCUUGAAGUUUACGCCACGUUCGCUACUAAAACUUUUCGAAUUGCGCGAUAUUGAAGCAGCAGAGCAAAUUCUUAUUUCCGUAAGCCAGCAAAAUGCGUUUAGCGAAGAAGUCAAAAGCCUACAACACGGUCAAAAUAUUCAACGGCAGUCUGCUAUAUAUAAAUGGUCGCCGUAUCUGAACGAGGUUGGGAUUCUUCGCGUGAAAGGUCGAAUCGACUUCUUAGAAGGAGUAGCAGUCGAUGUGAAGCGACCUGUAAUACUGCCGAAAAAUCAUACAGUAACGCGUUUGAUAAUUGAUUUUUACCAUAGAAAAUUUCACCACCAUCAUAAUGAGAUUAUUGUCAAUGAGAUGCGCCAGCGAUACUGCGUCGGUGCUUUGCGAUCGAUGGUAAAAGAGUGCGCCAAAAGAUGCCAAAUGUGUCGCAAUCGUAAAGCUAAGCCGCAACCACCUCAAAUGGGAAGUCUACCUGUAGAACGACUGUCACCAUUUACAAGGCCAUUCACGUUUACAGGAGUGGACUAUUUUGGCCCUAUCGACGUAGCUGUUGGCCGGCGGCGUGAAAAACGUUGGGGCGUGUUAUUUACGUGCCUGACGAGUCGUGCCGUUCACAUCGAGAUCGCGGCGUCGUUGUCGACGGAGACAUUCCUGCUAAUGUUGAAAUUGUUCGUGUGCCGCAGAGGAGUCCCGAAGCGCAUUGUGUCAGACAACGGCACGAAUUUUCGUGGUGCCAGCCGAGCACUUAUCAGCGAGAUAGAAAGGGUGUCAUCAGAUGACCUAGAGAGAAGACAUCCCCAAAUCGAGUGGUCCUUCAUUCCGCCCUCGGCUCCUCACAUGGGUGGGGCAUGGGAGCGAAUGAUACAGUCAACAAAAUCAAUUUUAAUGGAUAUUACGCACGAAGCAAUACUACGUGAAGAAGUUCUAAGGGCCACUUUAGCGGACAUUGAAAAUAUUCUUAAUUCAAGACCUCUGACAUAUGUGCCCUUGGAGACUGCAGACGACGACGCACUUACGCCCAAUCACCUUUUGUUAGGAAACUCAAGCGGAAUUCGCGAAUCAGGUUGUGAUGACGACAGUGGGCCAGCUCUCCGUCGAUGCUUUCGAAUUUCAAACCAGCUAGCUAACCAAUUCUGGAAGCGUUGGAUCCAAGAAUAUCUUCCGUGCCUUACUAGACGUUCUAAGUGGUUCCACCCGCCGAUUCGACCUAUCGAAAUAAACGACGUCGUGGUCAUCGUUGACAACAAUGCGAAAAGGAACUCAUGGCCGAAAGGAAUAGUUAUAGAUCUCCACCGUGGAAAGGACGGAGAGGCUCGUAGCGCUGUGGUGAAACUAGCAAACGGUCUGUGCACCCGACCCGUAAUUAAAUUAGCAAAACUCGAUGUUACUAGUCACAAUUAAAUUGGUAAAUUUCAUACUACAAUUCGUAGGAAAUUUACGAGAGGGGGUAUGUUGCGAAAUUCAUUCAUUUAAUAAUUUUACAUUCACGCUUGUUGCGAAAUUCAUUCAUUUAAUAUUAUUUGCGAUUAUCGAUUAAUUUAUAAUCUUUUACAUUCGCGCUUCUUGCGAAAAGUGCGAUGGCAACCCAUCGCACUCAUCUGUUUGCCAUUUUCUCAUUCUCUCAUACAAAUGUCAAACUCAUUCUUUUUGAUUUCUACAUUGUGCGAGCACAGGCGCCGCAAGCGAACAAAAUAUUUCAGCCUACAACUACAAGGACUUGAAUAUUGUUUAAUUUGCGGGCCGCCAAUUGCCGGCACAACAACCAUUAUUAU